AGCUGGCUCGGGGGACCCGGAGUUGGACGGACCGGAGAUGGCGCCGCCAGCUGGCGGGGCGGCGACUUCGGACGCGGGCCAGGCCUUGGUGCUCUUGGCUGUGGACGCCAAUGUGAGGCCGCUGGGCACCGGACCGGACGCCGAGGCGAGGCUGCGGAGGCUGCAGCCGAGCGCCGACCCUGAGCGGCCCGGGCACUUCCGGCUGGGAUUGCAAGGCGCGGGGCCCGGGGCGGUCAGUCUAGAGUGGCCCUUGGAGUCGGUCAGCUACACGGUCCGGGGCCCCAGCCAACACCAGCUGCGCCUUCCACCAGGGGGGCCUGGAGCCCUCAGCCUGCACUUGCUCAGCCUUCAGGAAGCUCAGCGGUGGGCAGCCCUGGUUCGAGGUGCCACCGUGGAGGGGCAGAAUGGCAGUGGCAGCCCUCUCCCGGGGCUGGGUACAGAGGCACAUCCUGUUUCCCUGCCCAUAGAAGUCCCCAUACCCAAAGCCCCUCAACCUGAGGCUGACCCUCUCCGAAGCCCUGGAGACUCGAUGCAGAAAGAGGAGCUGGCAAGCCGCCUGGCCGGGGCCAUUGCAGGUGGGGAUGAGGAGAGCGCAGCCCAGGCCGCAGCCACCCUGGCCCAGCACCACACGGCGCUCAGUGUCCAGCUCCCAGAAGCCUGCUUCCCACCAGGUCCCAUCAAGCUGCAGGUCACCGUGGGUGAUGCCACAUCCACCAUCUCUGCUGUGUCCUCCGCCCACUUCGUGCUGCGUGUGCAUCCCCACUGCACCAUAGCUGCCCUCCAGGAGCGGGUGUUUUCGGAGUUGGGUUUCCCACCGGCUGUGCAGCGCUGGGUCAUCGGGGGCCAUCUGUGUGUGCCUGAGCGCAGCCUUGCCUCCUACGGGGUCCGGCAGGACAGAGACCCUGUCUUCCUGUACCUGCUCUCAGCCCAAGAGGCCCCAGGACAGAGUCCCCAGAAGAUGGAUGGAGAGCCAGCACGCUCAUUUCCUCUGCCACUGGGGCUGCCCCAAGCCUCGCAACCAGCUAGUUCCAGCCUCCCCAGCCUCCUUCAGCCUGGCUGGCCGUGUCCCUCUUGCACCUUUGUCAACACCGCAAGCCGCCCCGGCUGUGAGAUUUGUAGCACCCAGAGGCCCUGUGCAUGAGACCCCCCUUCCAGCUGCCUCCUCCUAACAACCGGCAAAGGUGCUAGAGCAGAGGCAGAGAGGGCAGGGGCGGCAGAACAAGCAGGGAUGAUCUCUCCUCCCACAGGUCACGAGAGUGUGGCCCUUCCCUGGCAGGCCCAGAUGCUUGGUCCCUCUCAACUUCUCGGGGGACUCUGCUAACUGCUGUCUUGGGCCAGUCAAUAAAGAUGCUUCCACAAGC